AUGGCAGCUCCCAAGUCGCUGCCAUGCGGCAUCUACGCCCCUACCAUGACCUUCUUCGACCCCAACACCGAAGACCUCGACAUCCCCACCAUCAAGAAACACGCUGAGCGACUCGCCAAAGCCGGCCUCGCUGGUCUCGUCGUCAUGGGAUCCAACGGCGAAGCUGUCCACUGCACAAGAGAAGAGAAGAUUGCCGUCCUCAAGGCCACAAGAGAAGCUCUCGACGCCGCUGGUUUCCAGUCAACGCCCGUCCUCUUCGGCGCAACCGAGGGCAGCGUCAGAGGCGCCAUUGAGCUGUGCAAGCUGGCCGCUGACGCUGGUGCCGCAGCUGCUCUGGUUCUGCCGCCUUCAUAUUACCGAGCUCAGACCGACGAAGAGUCCAUCUACAACUACUUCAUCGCCUUGGCUGACGAGAGCCCUAUUCCAAUUAUCCUGUACAACUACCCCGGCGCCGUAUCUGGAGUCGAUAUGGACAGCGACCUGCUGAUCAAGCUGGCCGAGCACAAGAACAUCACCGGAACUAAAUUUACAUGUGGCAACACCGGAAAGCUCACACGAGUCGCCCUCGGCACAAACGCAAAGACUCCCUUCCAGGAGGGCUCAGGGUACAUGGCCUUUGGCGGCAUGUGCGAUUUCACCCUCCAGACCCUUGUCAGUGGCGGCAGCGGCAUCAUUGCCGGAGGUGCCAACGUCAUGCCCAAGCUCUGCGUCAAGGUCUGGGAUCUGUAUUCUGAGGGCAAGAAGGAGGAGGCCGAGAAGCUGCAAAAGGUUCUUAGCCGUGGCGACUGGCCGUUGACAAAGGCUGCUAUUGCGGGUACGAAACAGGCGAUUCAGAGUUUCUAUGGCUAUGGAGGAUACCCUCGCCGGCCUCUUAAGCGCUUGGAGCAGGCUAGAGUGUCGGCUAUUGAGGAGGGUAUUCGAGAAGCGAUGGAUGUUGAGAAGUCAUUGUAA